AUGGAUGUCUUAUACGAGAAUUAUCGGCGUGAACGUUUACGAAGCAUGCACAUGGGAGAUGGUGACACUGGACCAAAAAUGAAGCAGAGAGAAUACAACGAUGAGUUCGCGGUUCGUGAGGUGAAAAUCCGUGAGGAUUUCCAGCGGACUCUUGAAGCUAAGGAAGCUGAGUUACGGCAGAGAGAAGAAGCGCUGAAUGUGCGAUCUCGCGAAGUAGAAGAUUUGGCAGCGCAAGAGUUACGUCGUCUGGAUAUGGAGAUCCGUGCUUUGCAGGAUGAACGUACUCGUUUAUUGGCAAAAGCUGCGAAAAAACUAAAGAAGUGA